AUGCAUCUUACAUGACACUUAUUUCUAGUUUCUUCGUUAAAAUGUUAAUAUAAUUUUAGACUACGACGUAAAAGAAACUAUUGUUUCUAACAAAUAAAACAAAAUCAGUAGCCAACCAUUUUUCAAACUAUGUCUACAAGCAGGUUAGAUGCUGUAUACCGAAGUAUACUCAUAACCAAAUUCUUUACGAAAGGUUGGGGUAAACCAGAGAAUUUAAGAAGGUUAUUUGAAUUCAGAAAAAUAGUUUCAAAUCGGGAUGAAUGCUAUAAGUUAGUAGAAAAAGACUACCCAGUUACUAUUACCAAGGAACAAAAUCUAUCGGACUGUAAACUCUUAGAGGGCUAUUUUCUCACACCGCUAGAGAAAUAUUUACCAGGAAUAGUUCCGGAGAUAGCACAGAAGGCACACUUCCAAGCUUUGUUGCCGUUACAUUGGCAGGAGAAAGGAUGCAAACCUGUCUGUCUUCAUCUAGCCGGCACAGGUGAUCAUUAUUUCUGGCGACGCAGAAAUCUGAUGGUGAAGCCGCUACUCAAGGAGGCGGGGAUUGGUGGCAUAAUAUUGGAGAAUCCAUUUUACGGUCUUCGCAAACCUACGGACCAAAUCCGCUCGUCUCUGCAUAAUGUGUCGGAUAUAUUUGUAAUGGGUGGUUGUCUAAUACUGGAAUCAUUGGUGCUAUUCCAUUGGUGCGAACGCAAUGGGCUUGGUCCUCUAGGCGUAACUGGACUCUCUAUGGGUGGACAUAUGGCGUCGUUAGCAGCAACAAAUUGGCCUAAGCCAUUAGUGCUUGUUCCCUGUCUGUCCUGGUCAACUGCUUCUGCUGUUUUCUUGCAGGGUGUUAUGUCACAUUCAAUAAACUGGGAUUUACUGGAAGAUCAAUAUUUAUCAGAUGGGGCUUAUCGAGAGAAAUUAUCUAAAAUGGUGACAAUUGUAGACGAGGCUUUUCUAGCUGGCAAGAAGUUUGCUCGAACGUACUCAGAGAAAGUCAAAUUAGGCAUACAGACGAACACGCAAAUAGAAAAACAGGAACAUUUAAUAAAAAGUUUGAAAUGUGAUUCUUAUAAAGAUUUAAUAAUAUGCCAAGAAAAUGAUAAAGUGAAGAAUGAAAAGACUAAAAAUAUAGAUUUAAAUACAAAAGUGCCUAUUAAAAUUGUCAAGUCCGAGGGUACGCGAGAAUUUGAUAAUUUAAAUAAAGAUUUAAAUUUAUUGCUGAAUGAAAAUAAAAUCAGUAAGACAUUACAUGAUAAGUUCACAUCUAACACGACAUUUGAAUUAGACGCGACAGACAUAUCAGAGAUAAAUAAAUUAAAUAAAAAAGAAUUAAAUAUGUUCUUAUUGAAAUUUAAAGUUGCCAGUGAUUCUGAUAAAAUACAAAAAUCGCCAGAAAAAGUUUUGGAUAACGCAAAAUUGAAACAAACGGAAAAAUUAAUUACCAGCGAAAUAUCUAGAAAUGAAUCUUCUUUGAAAUCUGUCAAAACAAAUACAGAAAAAUCAAAAGAAACGGAACAAACACGAAAUGAAAUUGUACAUAUCGAUAAAAAAUCGGAAAAGAAAUCAUGGAAUGUAUCCGAAAUGACAUCGGAUUUUUGGACGAAUUUACCAUUUUUGAAAUCAGGGAAGAAGAUAGAUAUAGGUAAAAUACAUUGGAGGGACAGAGAGGCGCUACAGUUCAUGAGGGGGAUAAUGGACGAAUGCACUCAUUUGAGCAAUUUCUCCGUGCCAUAUGAUACUUCUUUAAUUAUUGCGGUGUGUGCCAAACAUGAUGCGUACGUUCCUCGUGAGGACGUAGGCCGGCUGGAGGAGAUCUGGCCAGGCGCUGAGGUGCGUUACGUGGACGCUGGCCAUGUCUCCGCCUACAUCCUGCACCAGUCGGUUUUCAGGGCUUGUAUAAUAGAAGCAUUCGAACGAUCGAAGAAAAAAUGGAAGGAUGGAAAACACAUCGAAUGAUUUGUUGCCUUAUUUAUAUUGUGAGAAAGUUAUUUUCCAUCCAUUGCUAACUUUAUUUGGAACACGUGUUUCAAUGUCUUGCUCAAGUAAUUCUAAGGGAAUGAAUACUUACAUAUCCCUUUUACGACAAUUCGGAAAUUAAACAUUUCAUUUUUCGUAAUUCAAUACUACAUUUUGUGUCAGUAAAGUCGUAAAUUCCUGCUUGUUCAUUUUUAACGAUAAAAUAUUCUUUAACGUGUCUAUUAAAAUCUCAUCGUAAAUCUAUUACCGACCGAAAAUGUAAUCUGGUAAUUCAAAUUUUCGGACCAUAUUAGCAUUAACUCAUCAAAGAAUUUCGUGAUAUUAAAUAUAAAUAACCAUACCAUACCUACUGUAUACAUUGAACGUCCUAAAAGUAUAUAAUAUUGUAUACUUUAAGUAGAACUAUUUAUCAUCUUUCUAUGCGUUCCCUCCUCUGUCGAAUAAAGCAACACAUCUUAAAUGCAGAUGUCUAUGGGCAACGGUCACUUUACUGUUUUGGCGAUUUUAAGUGGCCGCUUGCUCUUUGCCACUAUUUGCUACGCGUACUUUAAUACGUCAUGAUAGUUUGUCUCUGUCGCACUUUAGUUUUCGCAUGUGUUUGUCCCUCUCACGCCAGAUCAGAGCACAAUUAACAAUAAAUAAUUUAACAAAUGAGGAGCAUCUGCAAGUGUAGUGCGUAAAAUAUGUGUCAUAUCAUUUUUAAAAAUGUUAUUUGCGCAAAAUCUGAAUUAUAUCAAAUAAUUAUAAAUAUAAAGUAUUU